AAAAGUUUGAUACUACUCCUAUAUGUAUUAGUUUCCCUAGCAAUACUACCACAAUUCCACCAACUUAUAUAGUCCAUCAGCACGAGAAAGCCACCUUGGCCAGGAAGACUGAACAAAUAUGGCUCCUCCACCUUCCACCGCUGUUUCUCCGAUAGUGAGCCUGUUGGUGAGGAUUUUAACGUUCGUCUGCCUGCUCAUAUCCGUUAUCAUCCUCAUAACCAACACUUACACCGAAAGAACGGAUUAUGGUGAUGUCAAAACCAAGUUCACCGAUUUCCAUGCCUACCGGUACCUGCUGGGUGCCAUUGUUAUUGGACUUGCAUAUACUCUUUUCCAAACUGCACUAACCAUCUUCCUGGUAAGCACUGGAAAUCGCAUCGGCGGCGACGGGAUGCUUCAGUUGGACUUCUAUGGUGACAAGGUUAUAUCAUACGUACUUGCAACGGGCGCUGCAGCGAGUUUCGGUAUGACCCAAGAUUUUAAGAGACUUGUAGAUCGGAGUGAUUCUGGGGUUGAUAAAUUCUUAAGCAAGGCUGAUGCAGCCACCAGCCUUUGUCUACUAGGAUUCUUGUUCGCUGCAAUAUCGUCGAUUUUCUCAGCUUUCUCUCUCCCUAAGAGAGCUUAAUCAUUCCAGAGAUCGAAUUCAGCAGAAUUUGGGAUUAAAUAUUUUGCAGUACUAUUUCCCCUUUCCACCAAG